GUGACGUCAGAAAGAGGUGACACCGUAUCCAUGACUGAAAGUACCGCACAUCUUCCCCAAGAUCUUUGAAAGCUUCGAAGAACUUCUUUCGGUGAAGCUGGUUUCAGGACGUACAUCGUACUGGUUCCAGUUUCGCAACAGGCGUGGAAAAGCACUUCUCCGAAGAAGAUCCAAAUUGGUUCGUCCAUACAGAAGGAUCUCGAAGCCACAAUAACAAAGGCAAGCCCAGAUUGUCUGCUUUCUGACUACUACAACAGCAAACCAUGGCUUCUAAAUUCCGUGCUCCCGUGUUGGCCGUGUUUUCUGGCAGUGCCCGUCAAGGCAGUGUCAAUACCAAAUUGGCCAAGGCGGCAGAACGCUUGGCCGAUAGUGGAAUGGGCGCCACCACCAAAUUUCUCGAUUUGGAGCAGUAUCAGUUGCCCUUGUAUGAUCCCAAUCUGGAAGCCACGCACGGCAUGCCGGAAUCGGCACUGGCGCUCAAGGCCGAUUUGGCCAAAGCCGAUGGUUGGAUUAUUGCUUCGCCGGAAUACAAUGGCUUUGUUCCACCGCUGCUCUUGAAUGCUGUCACGUGGGCAUCCCGCGGGGAUCCUCCAGACGCGGGAAUGUACGCCACAUUUCAACGCAAAGCGGCCAUUUGUUUGGCGGCCAGUCCGGGUGCCAUGGGUGGAAUGCGGUCCCUGGUCCCGAGUCGUCAAUUAUUUACCAAUUUGGGAGUCCACGUCUUGCCGGAAUCGGUUGCCAUUGGAGGAGCCUUUCAAGCAUUUGACGAAUCCACGGGAGAUUUGGUCGAUCCCAAACAACAUGCCAUGCUCAAGAUGGCCGUACAAGCCUUGGUUUAUCACACUCAUGAUACGGCCAAUCGACAAGCUACGUGUGAUAUCAUUCAGGAGCAUUUGAAAACUACUGUGGGUGAAUAUGGAUCCAUCAGUGUCCCCAAUCAGAAUGUGUAGGGUGUGAGGAACGUUGGUACUAUAACGAUUCCGAAAGAACAAGGAGGAGAAUGCAUAUAGGAUUUCAGUUAGAUUGAAUUGUGCAAAUUGACAUCUAUAGCAUCCUAUCUUCGCUCCCGACAUCAUGGAUCUCCAUGAAGGAACAGUGCCAUUUAGUUGCAAGUUACAAGAAAGUGCUGCAAGUCUA